AUGAAAUCAUAUUUUCAUAUCCUCGGAUUGUUAUUUCUAUUGUGUUGGAUGACUAAUAAAAGUUAUUCUAUUGUAAUUAGAAGUAAUGAUGAAUUAGAUGACGGCAUGUGUAAUGUAUGGGGGGAUCCUCAUAUUUUGAUGUUGCCUCAAGUAGUAAAUGGACCUCGACCACAAUAUUGGUGUAGAACAGAAGGUGAACAUCUUAUCUAUCAAAGUGAUUAUGUUCGAUUUAGUAUUACUAUUACUAAAAUACCAUUCUGGAAAGAACAGUUUACUUUUAUAUUUUCUCACGACGGAGCACCAUUUUGUAUACUUGAUAGUUGUGGACGUAGCUGCAGUAAUUCUAAAAUCAAAAUUACAACAAUGAGUUCAACGAUGUAUAUCACUUAUUCAAUUGCGUCUUUACGAAUAGUUAUUAUUCGAUAUAAUAAUGCACCAUUUUAUGAUAUUCAAUUAAUUCAACGUAAUUUUACUAUCAUUCGUCAAUCAAAGGGAUUAUGUGUUCAUAGUUCAGAUAUUUGUCAAUCAGAAAAAUCUAGUUUGUUACUUGCUCGUAACAGACUUACACUUUAUGUAUUCAAUCCAACCGUUGAACAUUAUUUUGUUAAUGAACAUGCUCAAGAAAUUUGUAAUUAUUAUCGUCAAUCAGCACAUCAUUUAGCUGCACAAUUAAAUUUACCUUCCAUUAGUCAAACAAUCGAAGAUACAUCAAUGAUAUCUUGUAUUAAUGAUCUUGAAUCAACCGGAGAUAGACGAGUAAAUAUAAACAUAUCAGGAAUCUGA